AUGCGCAAGUCCGCCAUAUUUCUCUUGUCAGCCCUAGGGCUCGGCACUGGCGUCAUCGGUGCGCCCGCCGAGCUGCAGCGCCGUACAAGUAGAACGAGCGCGCCGUCCGGCUGUCUCAGUGUUGGCUCCGGUCAGACAUACUCGACGAUUGGAGCAGCCCUCGAUGCGUUGGGCUCAUCGACUUCCUCGGCAUGCAUUUAUGUUGCCAGUGGCACGUAUUCAGAGCAGCUGACGAUCGACUAUGCGGGCACUUUGACUCUGUAUGGCGAGACCUCAAACACGGGGACCUACAAGGAUAAUACGGUGACAAUCACGCAUACCAUUUCCUCGUCGGCCGCUGGUAGUCUGGAUAAGAGUGCCACCGUGAAUGUGGUCUCGGAUGGGUUCACAAUGUAUAAUAUCAAUGUGGCGAACGGAUACGGGAAGGGUGCGCAAGCUGUCGCGCUUGUUGGUAAUGCUGAUCAGCUGGGAUUCUACGGGUGCCAAUUCACCGGGUACCAGGAUACACUGUAUGCUAAAGCUGGAACUCAGUAUUACUCCAACUGCAUGAUUGAAGGAGCUGUGGACUUUAUUUUCGGAGAUGCCUCUGCUUGGUUCGGAGAAUGUGACAUCGUGUCCAACGGUGCAGGUUACAUCACUGCCAAUUCUCGCGAAGAAUCAACAGAUUCAGCCUGGUAUGCUAUCGACAACUGUAACAUCAAAGCGGCGUCUGGCACAGACCUGGAUGGUGAUGUGUAUCUGGGCCGGCCGUGGCGUGUGCUGGCACGGGUGAUUUACCAAAACUCGGACCUAGGCAGCUUGAUCAAUGCUCAGGGAUGGACUACUAUGGCUGAAGGUGCAACACCCCUGUUUUACGAGUACAACAACUCCGGUGAUGGAUCGGAUACAUCGGACAGAUUGUAUGAGACGUCGAUCUCGGCGGGUGUCACCAAGAAGACGGUGCUGGGUAGUGACUAUGGGGAUUGGAUUGAUUCGAGUUACUGA